AUGUCUGAGAGCGCCAGCAGCCAGAACCCAAGCGGUUCCAUCAUGGUCUUCCGCCCAACCAUGGAAGAAUUUUCAGAUUUCAACAAAUACAUUGCCUACAUGGAGUCCCAGGGUGCUCACCGAGCUGGGCUCGCCAAGGUCAUCCCACCCAAAGGAUGGAGAGCCAGGCAGUCCUAUGACAACAUCAGUGACAUCUUAAUAGCCGCUCCCCUGAAGCAGCUGGUGUCUGGGAAGGCAGGUGUCUUCACACAAUAUCACAGAAAGAUGAAAGCCAUGACAGUGGGGCAGUAUCGCCACCUGGCCAACAGCAAAAGAUGUCGGCCCCCACCUCACCGGAAUUUUGAAGAUUUGGAGAGAAAAUACUGGAAGGGCCGCCUCUACGAGUCACCACUUUAUGGCGCUGACAUCAACGGAUCCUUGUUUGAUGAAAACACUGAGCACUGGAACCUUGCACACCUGGGGAGCAUUUUAGACCUCCUGCAGCAGGAAUGCGGAGUGGUGAUCGAGGGCAUCAACACGCCCUACCUGUACUUCGGCAUGUGGAAGACCACCUUCGCUUGGCACACGGAGGACAUGGACCUGUACAGCAUCAACUACCUGCACUUCGGGGAGCCCAAGACGUGGUAUGCUGUGCCCCCUGAGCAUGGGCAGCGCCUGGAGCGCCUGGCCAGGGAGCUUUUCCCUGCCAACUCCCGGGCCUGCGAGUCCUUCCUGCGGCACAAGGUGGCGCUCCUCUCUCCCAGCGUGCUCCAGCAGAAUGGCAUCCCCUUUGGCCGCAUGACCCAGGAGGCUGGAGAGUUCAUGGUCACCUUCCCCUAUGGCUACCACGCUGGCUUCAACCAUGGCUUCAACUGCGCGGAGGCCACCAAUUUCGCCACCGAGCGGUGGAUCGACUAUGGCAAGGUGGCCUCUCAGUGCAGCUGUGGGGAGGCCAGGGUCAGCUUCUCCAUGGACGCCUUUGUGCGCAUCCUGCAGCCUGAGCGCUAUGAGCUGUGGAGGCGCGGCCAGGACCGGGUGCUUGUGGACCACGCCAAGCCUUUGGAGCCCACUGGGCGGAAGGUGACCGCAGGAAAGCAGGUGCCAACUCUGGCGAGUGGGAGUCCCCUUUCUUUCAUGCUGGCUCCUCCCUCCUCCUGGCCAAUGGCAGAGGACAAUGAGGCUCACCCAACUGCCCCUGCACCCCAGUGUCCUGGGUGCCCUGGCAUGGUCUGCUCAGUUUUUCCCCACUCCAGGGCUGCUAUUGCUAGUCAUUCUCAAGAGUCUUCUGAAUAG